AUGUUAGAGAAUUUAACAAUGACUUCAAAGAAUAUUUGCAUCAAGACUACACCGCUAAUCAAACUACUCUGCCAAUUCAAUGGAGGAUGUGUACCUGAAUUACUUAAUUGUGAAAUACGCGAUAAUUACACCGAAAAUCUAAAAUUCAUACAAUCUCUUGCAAACGAAGAUAUCUCAGGAAUUGGACAAAAGGAAUUUAACAAAAACAGCAUAUUUCCUGGAAAGGGAUUUCUAGUUACAAACCAUUUUAAAAAUCGUUUCAUCGAAGUGUAUCCUAAAAAUUUUACGAAUAUGGGAUCUGAUCGAACUCUCGCUCUUCGAGGAUUUUUAUCAAUAACAAUAAGGUUUUAUCUUUCUUUAAUCAUAUUAUAUUUCAAGACAAUUUUAUUAUGUUCGACAUUACGUUAAUCUUGUUUAUCCUCAUUUGCCUCUUGUGUGUGUUAAAGGAGGAGGAACGCAUGAAUACUAUUAUCCUAUCGAGUGCUUGGACUUUGUUGAAAUUGAGGAACAACCCUGAAAUUAAUUUUAGCUUAU